CUACACUGCAAUACUUAUUUUUAAUCCGCCUGUACUUAUUGUUCGCAACCAGUGAGCGCGAUGUGGUCGCCUUCCACCAUCACAAUGAAACUGCUGGUCACGAGCGUGUGCCUAAUCCAGUCUAUACAAUGUCUGAAGACGGUCGAGAUUCCCUUCACCCGCAUGAACGACCCGAACAGCAAGUUCGUUGCAUCGAUGAAGAUCUCAGUUGGAUCCCCGCCGCAACAGGUUAUGGCGAUCUUCGACACAGGAAGCAGUGAUCUCUGGGUUCCUCAGCUCAACAGCCGCCUAUGCAAAGACCGCUUGGCAACAUGCACAGCCAACAACGGCAAGAACUCUAGCGUCUCAGGUGCAUUUGAUAAUACGAAAUCUACUACCUUCAACGCCAAUCGCUCUCCAUUCGAGGCCACGUACGCGAAUGGCGUUGAAAUCCAAGGAACCUUCAUGUCAGAAUCAGUCACAGUCGGGAACACAUCGGUCUCGAACAACACAAUGGGAUUGGGUCAGACCGGCAAGCUGACAUCGCCUUUAAUUGCUAUUCUGGGUGUUGGCCCCUCAAGCUCAGAGGCGUCCGUUCUUGCCAAUAAUGCCAAGCCAUACACAAACUUUCCAGAAAAUCUCAAAGCACAGGGGCUCACCGAGUCUCUGGCUUACAGUGUAUACUUGAAUGAUUUCAGAUCGCCUACUGGAAGCGUCGUGUUCGGCGGGAUGGAUACUGCCAAGUUUACAGGUCAAAUGCAGAUGGUUUCUCUCGUUGGACAGAAGCUAUUCAACUCAAACGACUUUAUCGUACCUUGGACAUCCUUCUCCUUUUCGGCGGACAAGAAUGCUAAACCAACGGCAAUCGGCGGAAACAAUUUCCCGCCCGUCCUCGUCGAUACAGGUAACCCGUCUUUAUCCUUCCCAGCAAAGAUCUUGGAUCAGAUCGGACCGGCAAUCAACGUCCAAACAUUGCAGGAUGGGACAAAAGCAUUGAAAUGCAGCAGCGGCGAUUCGGGUGCCAAGUUCAACUUCGAGUUCCAGACGGCCAAGGUCGAGGUUCCUUUGUCGAUGAUCUUCAUCCCUCUCAUGAAAAACGGUGCACCCGUUACCGACAAGAGCGGUAGUUCACUGUGCACACUUCCAUUAGAGCCCAUUGACAGCAACGUAGCAUCUUUCGGUGCUCCUAUGCUCUCGGCUGUGUACACAGUAUUCGAUCUUGAGAACAAACAGCUCGGAAUGGCACAGGCUAAACUCAACGAGUCAGGGACAAACAUUCAGGAAUUUGUGUCGGCCAACCCAUCAAAGGGAGCUGCCAAACGGCCACGAGCGCAGAGCGUGCGCUUCCAACAGGAGUGAUCAGAUAAUCAUUACAUGCUGAUAGUUCAACUUGCUUGUCGGCUGGUUCUACAAGCUCUUUCUCUUUUCUCACUUCUUACCUUACUGUCAUUCUAUAGAGCCAUCUUAGCGUGCAAUUGUAGCACUUGCAAGAUAGAAUGAUUUGCAACAUCCACCUGACGAGCGAGCCUCAAGACAAAUAUUGCAAACUACGAAGAGCCUUUUUAACAUUCUCCCAACUCUAUCUCACAUAUCAAGAAAUUCUUUCAGUGUCAUUGACAUCAAAGAUGUCGGUGAGCCACGUAG